AUGUCAUCCAUUGACCCCCACAACAUCAACCUGAUUUCCACCUUCCUCGCCCAUGAGCAACUCCCCGCAGCACAGCCGCCCCCCCAUGCAGUCGACUGCAUUGUGAUCUGCGUGUCCGCCAUCCUCCACCAGGCUGAAGCGGUCUUCACAUUCCUCGGUCACAACCCGCACGCCACCCAGACCCUCGUCUUCUGCGGCGGGACUGGCCACUCCACCCCUUACCUUUAUGAGGCGGUGUCCAAGCACCCCAAAUAUGCGCAUCUUGCCCCAGAGACUCAAGGCAAGGCAGAAGCCCAAGUGCUCCACACCAUCUUCACGCGAGGUUUCGAGACCGUGGCCUCGGACUUCCGGAAGGCUGGAGGCAACCUGCUGGUCGAGGACCAGUCCACGAAUUGCGGGCAGAACGCGAUACAGACCAGGCGCCUGCUGGAGAGGAAUGCCAUCCCGGCACCCAAUUCCGUAAUUAUCGUCCAGGAUCCCACCAUGGCCCGAAGGACGAUUGCCUCAUUCGUCAAGGCCUUUGCGCCGUUGACCCCGGAUUUCAUAAGCUGGCCAAUCAUAGUGCCGCGGGUCCGGUUGCAGGAGGAUAAUGAGCUGGUGUACGAUGUAGAUGGGAUCCCUGCAGAUUCGCUGUGGAGUAUACCUCGCUUUCUGGGACUGCUGAUGGGUGAAAUACCGCGCCUGAGAGAUGAUGAUAAUGGCUAUGGGCCACGGGGUAAAGGGUUCAUUGAUCAUGUCGAUAUUCCAGAGGGCGUUGAGCGAGCGUUUCAUGGCUUAGAGCGCGGGAUGCUAGGAUCGGAACUAGCCAAGAGAUGA